AUGCCACGAAAGCAAAUCGGCGUGAGCAUAGCAUGGCAUGGCAUGGGUCUGGCGUUCGAUCGGGGACUCGAAACCAUGCCGGAUACCUUCCUCUUGAUCUUGCCAUUUAUACACGAGAAAUUAGUGCAGGCUGCCUGGCCUAGCCUUCCCGUCCCCCUCCUGGCAAAUAACCACAAGUAUUCGCUGAUCGUCACCGACUCAACUACUAAUCUGGCCCUCAUCAGCUUGUCUAUGGGAGAGCGGACGGGAUCCCGAAUUCUCUGA